CCAAAGGAGCGGGGAGUAAAAAGCUUAUCGGAGCAGAUUUAUUGGCAUAAUAUCAGAAGACUGGACACAAGUUCAACUCUGCUCUAAGAGCUGAUUGAGUAAACACGGAGGAGUAACACCUUCACUGGAGCCACCAGAGGUGAGCAUUUAAGACUCCACGUCCUGACUCAACAGGCAGAGACAACGCUUAACCAAACCAGGCCACAAGAAGAUUCACUUAUUACAGGAAAGAAAAGAGCUGGAAGAUGUCCGUGCCCCCCCGAAAGGUCUACAAGAGGAGGGAGACAAUCACAGAGCUGCCUCUCUACUUCUCUGGACACCUGCAGAAGAAAACCUCCAAAGAACGGGAUUUCAAGAAAUUUUAUGCAGAGCUCCGAGGAAGCACACUAUUUCUGUAUAAAGAUGACACACAAGAUACCUACAUGGAGAGAAUGGACUUGGAGCAGCUGAAGUCCAAGGAGCUGGAUCACCCCUAUAAGAAUAAAACUCUCUCUCUCAGCCUGCCCACUGAGCAGGUGCAGAUAAAGGCUGACAAUCCUGACUCAAAAAUGAAUUGGAGGUGGUACAUCCUGACUGUGAUCAACAAAGAGGUUCCCAGCACACUGAAUCUGCUGCCAGGUCAGAGGCUGCAGCUGGAGGACGUUUUGGCUCGGGAGAAGAAACGGACAGAGCGUCCAGCCCUCCCACCCCGACCCACCUUCCUGCACUCAAACUCCCCUUCCUCUCCACCAAAAAAAGAUGAGCCUGACCAUGCUGCCACUGAGAUGCCUGACUGUUUCUUCGAUGUGUCUCGACAAGAGGCUGAGAAGAUGUUGAGGGAGCACCCUGAGUGUGGAAGUAUCAUCCUUCGUCCAUCUGCCCUGGCCCACAACUAUGCUCUCACCCUCAGACAGCAGAAUCCCAGUGGAGACACCGUGAAAAACUUCAGAGUAACAUCUACAAACGCGGGGUUUGUCAUUGAGCUGGAUGCACCAGUCACCGUCUCCUCCAUGAAUGAUGUGGUUAAUUACUUCCUUGAAAAGACAGAGUAUCGUCUGCAGCCUUACAGAGCGUCUCAGCCUUAUGACACUCGCUUUGAAGUGUCACCCACUCCAAAGUACAUCAGCAUCACCCCCUCUGCUCCUAAACAAGUACCAAAAGCCCAGGUGGCCCCAAUGCAACGCUCAGAGACCAAAGUGGAUCCUCCCCCUGCAGCCGUACCAGAGGAGGGGGAUUAUGUGCUUCCUGAUGAUGGCAAAUCUGCUAAAUUUAAUCAGAGGCCGAGUAAGAAGAAUGUUUUUUAUCUUAGAAGCUGCUGUCGAAUUUUAUAUCAGAGUGUUUAUCCAGUAUUUUUAAGUAGUCUGUCUAAAUGGGUGACUUUUUUUUUUUUAUUCAUACUAGCUAAUUUGGAAGGAGAGCUACGUGCAGUUUUGAAACUACGGAGAGAAGCAAUCUACGGUGGCAAGGAGGGUGAAACUAAUAAGAAUCAAGGUGCUUCAAAAUCUGAAUCAGGCACAGCCACCUGGAGUAAAAACAGCUCUGUUGCAUGAGUUAUGUUGUUCUGAUUUCAUGUUCAAGCAUUAAUCUGAGUUAAGCAAGUGCAUCUUCUGCUGUGGACUUGUAAAAAUUCUACCUUUUCGUGUCCAACUGGUUUUAUACAAAAUUGAAUUAAAAUGAGAGCUGUCAUGUGUCAAAGCAAUGUCCUUAAAUCAACAAGCAUGACGGCCCCUGGCCAGGCUUCCUGUCUCUGCAUCACAACAUGAGAAAGCAAUCUUUUAACUUAACACUGCCUCCAAAGACAUAAAAAACAUAAAUACCUCA